GAUUUUGUUUUGUAUAGUCACAAAUUUAAUAGAUGUUAUUCUUAAAAUAAACAUGUUCACAGUUCUGACGUCUGGAUUCUGAUAUUUCCAAGUUUUUUUUCUGUGACAUUAAAACAUCUCGUGGUUCUCAGGUUUCAUCCAUGUGGAAAAGUUUUGUGGGAAAUUGUCGGGCGGCUGCACAAUCUGUACGGAGCGACUCAUGUGGAUCAAACUCAGACAGAGGAAGUGAUUGUGUGACAUGAAUGAGAUGAUGAGAUGAAAGUCAACGUGUUCUUUAACGUCAAUUAUUUUCAGAUGAGAUCGAGGACGGUGUUCUUCUGUUUUAUGUGGAUUUGCUGACAUGUUUUAGUUCACGCUCACUGCUCUCAUGGCGUUGCUUUCAACAAAAACACUCUUAAUCUGAGAAAGACACAGUUAGCAACUGGCUGGUGAGUGAAGUGGAGCAUUUAGCAGCCAAACAGCCAGAUGUUUCCUUCUGUAAUAGCUGGAUGUGGGAGCUAAAUAAACAACUGUUUUGCUAGUUCAUCUUAUGAACUUAAAAGUUGAUGGUGCAGUAUGUGUGUGAGUGUUCGCAGACUGUUCUGCUGCCCUCAAGUGGCCUAAAGAUUCACUAAUGCAAGUUUAAAUAACUUUUGGGUAGAAAAAUGCAAUUUAAAACAAACAUAAAAUCAUGUCAGGAUGAAGUCACUUCCUCGUCCUACUUUGCUGUUUUUUUUAUAGCAUCCACAAAUCUGAAGCAGCUGAGAAGCUACAGCAAAAUAAAUGAACAGAGAAACUUUUCCAAUGCAAAUCCGGUGUGUCUGAUCUCAUAUGGUCCCAUUUCAGACUUUUUGUACUUAUUCUCAAGUUUUUACAACCUUGCCAAAAACAAACAGUCUCUAGAUUUCUGUUUCCACGGAGCAGACAGCAGCCAGAGGAGGAGGAGGUCUGACUCUGUGGGAACCAGCCUCAGUUGUUGCUUUUACUAAUUCCUCUCUGCUGGAGGCUGACGGAGAUGAAGAGGACCUUUGAAUUAUUUAUUUACUCUGAGAUCUUAAACUGUUGGUAGUUUAGGGGCCAAGUUCCCCAAUCAUAAAACUGUCCACAUCAGACACACAGAUGUCAAGUAAAAGCUAAUAAUUGUCUCUGAUUAGAUUCAGGAAAUAUUUGAGAGGCUUCUCCCAUGAAAAUAAUCAAAUGAUCUGUGACUGAAGGUGUUAAGCUCCUCUUCCCAACUGGAAAAAACAGCACAGACCUGCACCAAAACACAACAUAUGCUGGUCUUGCUAGUGACUGGUGGCAAGACUAGCAUAAUGUGUUUUGGUGCUGGUCUAAGGUGGUUUUUCCAGCAGGGUUGUCGUGAUUCAUCAAUAUAUUUUCCCUCUGAGAAACCUUCACUACUUUCUUUCUCUCUUUAUAUACAGGCCAUAUUGUCUCAUAUGUGCUGCUGUAACUGUAUGUUACUGUACUGAAUAUUACAGCCAGAUAUUGUACUUUUCACUAACAUAACUGUCCCACAUCAUAAUGGGACGUUAAUUAAAAAAAAAAUAUUGCGGUUGCUAACAAGCGGCUAAAUGAGCCUGCAGAAUUUGUCGCGGACGUUUGACGUCAUCACAGCGAACAGGGAGACUUAUCUACGCAUUAAUCCGUCUUUACAUCCCGACUUUGAUUACAAACUAUUUUAACUUUAACGUUACAACUUUACAGUAGAGAAUGCCCACAGUAAUUGUGUAGUAUGACGCUUGGUGGUGAUGACGUUUAAGUUAUGCGACUGCAGUGUAGUGUGUUUACAGGCUAACAUUUGCUUUUUUUUCUUAAUUUACACUCCGAAAAAAUCACAAACGUGGUGUUUAUCUGUGAACAAUGUCUAGCUGAACGAAACGUAGCUCAGCAGCAGCAGCAGCAGCAGUCCAGGCGUCAAAGCGUCUGAAAAAAAAUGGCUGUGCUCCGACCUGCCCGGAGGAGCUCCAGCGGUCCACCUCCUCUGACGGGCUUAUUAACGUGCGUUUUGUUGCUCGCGUUCGUCUCCGCCGCCUCCGCCAGUCGAGAUGAUGUUGCGGGAAACAACAACGGGACGCGGGGAGAUCCAGCCGUGGUGACGGAUGAGGACUCCCAUCACCGGAGUAACUCCACCGCUCACAAAAAGGCUUUCCCCGUCCUCUCCUUCAACUACGACCACGUCAGGAAGCCCUUCGAGAUCUCUCUGUGGAUCCUGCUGGCCCUGCUCAUGAAACUUGGUUUUCACAUUAUCCCCAGAGUGUCACACGUUGUCCCAGAGAGCUGCCUGCUGAUCUUCGUCGGUCUGCUGGUCGGCGGCAUCAUCAAAGCCAUCGGAGAGGAUGCCCCCAUCCUCGACUCGAAGCUCUUCUUCCUCUACCUGCUGCCUCCCAUCAUCCUCGAUGCCGGCUACUUCCUGCCCAUCCGGGCCUUCACAGAGAACCUGGGGACCAUCCUCAUGUUCGCGGUGGUGGGGACUCUGUGGAACGCCUUCUUUGUCGGCGGUAUGAUGUACGGCGUGUGUCAGAUCAAAGUGGCCAACCUGGAGCACGUUGACCUGCUGUCCUGUCUGCUGUUCGGCUCCAUCAUCUCGGCCGUCGACCCCGUAGCCGUCCUCGCUGUGUUCGAGGAGAUCCACAUCAACGAGCUGCUCCACAUCCUCGUGUUCGGGGAGUCGCUGCUCAACGACGCCGUCACUGUGGUUCUGUAUCACCUCUUCGAGGAGUUUUCCCACGCUGGGACUGUGACUGUGGUGGAUGCCCUCCUGGGUGUGGUCUGUUUCUUUGUGGUCUCGUUGGGAGGCAUCCUGGUGGGAGCCAUCUACGGCCUCCUUGGCGCCUUCACUUCCCGUUUCACCUCGCACACCCGAGUCAUCGAGCCCCUGUUUGUUUUCCUCUACAGCUACAUGGCUUACCUCUCUGCCGAGGUCUUCCAUCUGUCAGGGAUCAUGUCAUUAAUAGCGUGUGGCGUGAUGAUGCGGCCCUACGUGGAGGCCAACAUCUCCCACAAGUCGUACACCACCAUGAAAUACUUCCUGAAGAUGUGGAGCAGCGUGAGCGAGACGCUCAUCUUCAUCUUCCUGGGCGUUUCCACGGUGGCCGGUCCUCACACGUGGAACUGGACCUUCGUCAUUUUCACUGUGAUCCUCUGUCUGAUAUCCAGAGUGCUGGGUGUCAUCGGCCUCACGUUCAUCAUCAAUAAAUUCCGGAUUGUGAAGUUGACCAAAAAGGACCAGUUCAUCGUCGCCUACGGUGGCCUGCGAGGCGCCAUCGCCUUCUCGCUGGGGUUCCUGCUGACCAACAGCGAGAUGAAGCACAUGUUCCUCACGGCCAUCAUCACCGUCAUCUUCUUCACCGUCUUUGUGCAGGGAAUGACAAUCAGGCCUCUGGUUGAGCUUCUGGCAGUGAAGAAGAAGAAGGAGAACAAGGGAUCAAUUAAUGAGGAGAUUCACACACAGUUCCUGGAUCACCUCCUCACAGGGAUUGAAUGUAUCUGUGGUCAUUACGGACAUCAUCACUGGAAGGACAAGCUGAACCGCUUCAACAAGGCCUACGUGAAGCGGUGGCUGAUCGCGGGCGAGCGCUCCACCGAGCCUCAGCUCAUCUCCUUCUACAACAAGAUGGAGAUGAAACAGGCCAUGAUGAUGGUGGAGAGCGGGAUCGCCCCCAAGCUGCCCACCGUCGUGUCCUCCGUCUCCAUGUCAAACAUUCAGCCGAGAGGAGCGGCCAGACGACGGGCGAUCCCGAGCAUCUCCAAGAGCCGCGAGGAGGAGAUCAGAAAGAUUCUGAGGAGCAACCUGCAGAAGACCAGACAGAGGCUCCGUUCCUACAGCAGACACGACCUGCUGAUCGACCCGUUCGAGGACACUCUGAGUGAAGUCCGCUUCAGGAAGCAGAGGGUGGAGAUGGAGAGGAGGAUGAGUCACUUCCUCACAGUUCCUGCAAACCGCCAGGAAACACCGUCGGUGAGAAAAGUCUGCUUUGAAUCAGAACACCAAGUUUACACUUACGACGACAGCGAGAGUCCCAGAGGUCCGACCGUUCAGCUGAAUCCCAGCCCUCCUGAUGCCGUCAGCCUGCUGAGCGAGUCGCCCCAGAGGCCCAAUCAGAGCAGCUCGCAGAGAGACAAAAGCAACGGCGAGCUGAGGGAGAAGGCGAAGGAGAAGGCGCCAGACGAGCAGGAGGAGCAACUGAAGCUAUCACGCUGCCUUAGUGACCCCGGUCCCAACAAGGAGGAGGAGGAGGAGGGAGACAGAUCCUUCAACUCGUGAUGAAGCACAUUAUUAAGUUGUUGAAAGCAGGAGGAUGAUCGAUGAUCUCCUCGUGUUGUCUGCUGUACUCAAAGAGUCGUAGCAAAGCUUGAUAUUUAUUAAUUUAAAUUAAAAGUAUUAUUCUUUUCAAUGUUUUUGUGAUAUGAGAUUAUGCAAAAUGUUUUUGUUUUUUGUUUUUCAUUCAUCAGGAUUUUUAUCAUGUAACACAUUACCAAAGCAUGCAGCACUUGGACGUUUGCUAUUUCAGGAUUUUAUCAGAAGUCUCAGCAUUUUGUGUCUUAACAAGCAGACCAAAAAAAAAAAUAAGACAGAGCACUUGUUUUAACAUGCUUGAAGCACCAGAUGGUUGAAGUUCACCCCCCUCGAAGCACAGAAACUUACAGAGUAGAGCUCAGCUGAUCUCAUUGUCGUGGCGGAUGUUAGUGCUGAUAAUCAGGCUGUCGAAGAUCAGCAAAGGUAUCAACUCAUGUUGAGAAACUGCAGCACAGGAAAUCCCAAAGAAAUGUUUGAGCUGUUUAAAAACAGUUUAUCUAAUAAAACAUGUGACUCUGAGGAUGUCAGUCAACUAAGAUACCUCAACAACAGUUUGAUGAUUUUGACUUAAAAUUCACUAAUCGAUCAUCUGUUGAUCUAGAAGAUGCCAGAAAAUCUUGAAAAAUGUCAGUCAGUGUUUUCCAAAGCCUGACACGACGUCCUCAACAUUUUUGUCACAGAGGAAAGAAACCGAAACAUAUUCACAUUUAAGAAGCUAGAAUUGGAGAAUUUUAACUUCUUUUUCUUGAAAAUUACUCAAACUGAUUAAAGGCACAGUAUGCGAGAAUUGGCCUCCUUACAGGAGGCAGUAUGUCACCAGCUGCUAAACAUUUCACCCUCCACAUACAAGAAUAUUAUCGUUUUCAUUUUCAUUUUCAUUACAAGCAUAUUAGUGUACUGAUGUUAUAAUUCAGUUUCAGAGAGCACCAACAUGGUUUUGGACUAUAAAGGUUGUGUUAUGCAAAAGACCAAUUCCAUACGUCGUAAAAAUCCUGUCCGUCGUACAAAAGUUACGAUCCAGUGUUGUUAAAUUAUGGGAAUAAAAGUGUACGUUUUCCGACAGUGUUUGCUGGAAGAUACUCGCAGUGCUGCACUCGGUCGGUCACAUUCAAGUGACAGAAGUUGGCUUGUAAAGAAAAUAAGAAAUUGAAAAACUCAAGUUGCGUAACAUAUCUUGAAACACAUAUCUUGAUGGAAACUUCUCUUAAAGGAUAUAAUGAGACGAUGCCCUGAUAAAAAAUGUCUGUUUCUGUAUCAUUAUCAAAGUAUUAUCAGCCUCGAAUGUGUGUGGAUGAAGGAUAAAGGCACAAAUCUGGUGAUCCAAGGAUGAUAAAAUAACUCAACUUGCUACUAGACCGAGGCCUGUGAAGGAGCUUAGCGCUGUAUUUGACAUCGUUGCAUGACUGUCAUGUUUUCUCAGGGACUGCAACAUGGCACAGCAUCAACCGAUGCCCUCUGCAGAAAGAAAAAAAAAAGUGUUCCUGUCCAGAUUGUGCUCUGACAUGUGCUCCAUUGAUGACCGUUUUGUAAGCUUUAAGUGUUUCUACCUGUAUGAGCUUCAGUAACAUUCCAGCAGUGAUCGAGUCAGUUGACUUCUUGUGUAACAAAGCUUUAGAAAAAUCUGCGUUCCUGGUAGCUGAGCGCGCUCUGAGACUCCUGCUGGGAGGUCAAAGAGGUGAAUCUGUUUCAUAUCACAGCACUGAACUGCCUGAGCUUCCGCUGCCUGCACACGUCUGCCUUAAAAUGUUAUUUGCUUACUUUUUGUUUGCCAGUUGAAGUAUUUUUAUAUUUUGAGAAAACAGAAAGUUGUAUUUGUGAAAUGAAGGAAAGCUUUAAUAAAGGUGUCACUGCCUCAAUUCA